AUGGAGCAUGAGCAAGGUAAGAAUGAUUACAAAUCAACUUUAGAGGAAUCACAUGUUGCUUCAUUGGGUUUUCAUGAUGAUCAAGAAGUUGAAGAAUAUGGAAUCAUGGAUGAGCAUAGUGACUUCAUGGAUUUGGCAUGGUCUACAUCAGCUAUUCAGACCUACUUGAUGGGUAGUGAGUAUGUGAUGGAAGGUUUAUUUGAUGACUCACUUUGUGUAGAGGUUGGGAUCAAGUAUGGUCAGUUACUUGACUUGCUUCCUUUUGAGGCUUAUACUCCUGUGGCAUGUGAUGAGGUGAUUGAAUUGAUUCAGCAGAUUCAGUUGGUGUUACAGGAGCUCUUUGGUGAUAGCAGGGACAUUACACAUAUUUUCCCUUGGGAUCCAGGUGGAGUACAGUUUUUCUUGCAGCUGAGAUUGCUUGGGGACAAACAAUUUCAAGAGGGGUGGAUUAUUUCUGCAUAUUGUAAACAUGAUUCUUCAGCACUUGGACUAUUAUUGGAGAUGCAGAUCUGCCUAAAUGAUUCACUUCCACAAGACAUUUUUGCAGACACUUACUUUCUGCUGUUGUAUUCAUUUUAUUUUCUUUGCAUUGACAGUCGCAUCUUGGGAGCAUCAUCACUGUUGCUAGUUUUCUCAUAUCCUCUCAUGAAAAGAUUCACAUUUUGGCCUCAGGCAUAUCUGGGGUUAACGUUCAAUUGGGGUGCUUUACUAGGAUGGGCAGCAAUAAAGGGUAGCCUAGACCUGGAUGUUGUCUUGCCUCUCUAUGCAUCUGGAAUAUGCUGGACCCUUGUGUAUGACACUAUCUAUGCUCACCAGGACAAAGAAGAUGAUUUGAAAGUCGGUGUCAAAUCAACUGCGUUGAGAUUUGGAGACCAGACAAAAACUUGGAUUACUGGCUUUAGUGUUGCAUGCAUAAGUGGGCUUAUACUUAGCGGGUUCAAUGCUGGUCUUGGAUGGCCAUUUUAUGUAGUUAUGACAACAGCAGCUGGACAUCUUGCAUGGCAAAUUAUGACACUUGAUACCUUGUCCCGUGCUGACUGUAACAGAAAGUUUGUUGCCAAUAAGUGGUUUGGAGCCAUUGUGUUUACUGGAUUUUUGCUUGGAAGAUUAACUGCGUGAAGAUAUCAGUAUAUUCCCAUACAAGUGCUAAAAUUGUUCUUAUCCAGCCAACGCAAAUGCUUGACUUUAUAAACCCUGCUGCAAGGCUCAUUUAUGAUGAGUAAUAUUUAUUUAUUCUUUGUUGCUAGUUAUCAAAUAGCAACAGGUCACAUUUUGAAGGGUUCUAUACCGCAUGAUAACUGAGUACAAAGGGAAAACAGCAAACAAAUAAACACUUUAGCUAGAACUUAGAGAUCAUCCAUUUUGAAUCUUUAGGUUGAUUUGAUUUUGAUGUCACUUUUUCAAGUUAAUGAUACAUAAUAUUUUUUUAUUCAUUGUUGCCGGUUAUCACAUAGCAACAGGUUAGAUUUUGAAGGGUUCUAUUCUGUGUCAUGAUUAUAUGGAGUAAUUCUCUUCAGUGGUCCUGCUUCUCAGAGGUCUGCAUGAUAUCCAAUUACUGUCUUAUUUCUAGCAAAAACAAUGAAAACAACAGAAUAUUUAGGGAUCA